GCAAGAAGGACCCACUCUAUAUCGUCGGACACUCCCUGCGCGAUUACACUGUACCCCCAACCACGAAUCAUUGAAGAGGAGUAGAUCGACGUUGAAGGGCGUACAUCCAUGAUCGUACAUCUGGCAGCCCGCUACCCACUCACCUUCCUCGUACAUCCAUUAUCUGUGUUCUCUGUACGUCGUGCUCCCCACAGGCCGACUGUCCAGCCUUGUUUGUCCCGCCAUAGCUUCUCUCUCGGCGUCUUCGCUGCCCUCUGGACGCCUUCGCCCUGCCGCUCCAUCGCGCGGGCAGCUAUCAGACCACCAAGCAGUCACUCUUCCACGCCUGUGUGCGAGGAGGAUGCUUCCCCUCACCUCCCGCUCCCGACGUCAUCGGUUGGCCGUCGGGACCGAGGCUCCUGCACACGACCUUCUGGCCCUUCCACCUACCAUAUCGUAGCGUCGCGCAACGAACGCCCCUCGAACCUCCGUGAGCUCCUUGCGUGCAGUGUGCGGGGCAUCCAGCGGCGACUAGGCCCGUAGCGGGUCUGGUUCUCGUAUCGCCUUGCAUUCGGCGCUCACGACUAUAUGCGCCGUCUCGGGUGCU